AUGGAGGAGCCGCUCUGCUGCUGCGAGUACGUGGACCGGCGCGGCCGGCGCAACCACCUGGCGGCUUGUUGCUGCGACUGCGAGGAGCUGGACGACGGCUGCGACAGGUGGCUGACGUGCAAAUCCCUGCCCCCGGGAGCGCUGGAGAGUAUCGCCGACACCAUCACGGACCGGCUGCGCGUCCCCUGGUUCUCGGGGGCCGUGAAGUUCAACAUCAGCCUCGUGCCGCCGCUCGUCUUGCUGCCCGUCUUCCUCCACGUUGCCUCCCUGCACUUCCUGCUGGGGCUCGUCAUCCUGACGUCCCUGCCCGUCGUGGUGCUGUGGUAUUACUACCUCACCCACCGGAGGAAGGAACGGACUCUCUUCUUCUUGAGCCUGGGGCUCUUCUCCUUGGGAUAUAUGUACUACGUGUUUCUGUGGGAGGUGGUUCCCCGGGGCCACGUGGAGUAUUCCCAAGUGGUCGCUCUCACAUGCGGGUUAAUUCUUAUGCUUGCAGCCCUGUCUAGAGCCAAGAAGGACCCUGGCUACCUUCCCAUCCCAGCAGGCAAUGAGAAGCCAUCGCACCAGGGUUUGCCAAACAAGAGUGUUAGAGGGAGCUCCAGCGGGCUUCAUGGCAUCUCAGGUGCUGGCAGCAGUCGUGCUGUGAAUGGGGAGGCUAAAGGUUAUUGCAGGAUGUCAGCUGAGCAGCCAGAAGAUGUGAAAAAGGACUGGUGCACUAAAUGCCAGCUGGUCAGGCCAGCCCGAGCAGGGCACUGCCGGCUUUGUGGCAGGUGUGUGAGGAGACUGGACCAUCACUGUGUCUGGAUUAACAGCUGCGUAGGGGAGCAGAACCAUCAAGCUUUCAUCCUUGCACUCUUCUUCUUCAUGCUCACCUCUGUGUAUGGGAUUACCUUGACCCUGCACACCAUCUGUAGGGGCCAAUCUCCAUUUGUGGCAUUGCUCUACUGCCCCGGGGCCUAUUCUGACUACAGCUCUGCUCUGUCGUUCACCUGUGUAUGGUACUGUGCCAUUGUAACAGCUGGCAUGGGAUACAUCCUCGUUAUCCAGCUGUUGAACAUCAGCUACAACGUGACUGAGAGGGAAGCUCGGCUGGCUCUGCGGGACAACACUGGGCGCAGACUGCUGGGUGGGUUAGUGAUAGACACUGGCCAGUAUAACAGGGGACUCCUGUGCAACUGGGGUCACUUCCUGAGCCUGGGGUCUUCUCCUCCACAGCGCUCUGCUGAGGACAUCGUGUGACAGCCCUCUUUCUGCAGGUGGCGUUGUGGCUCACUGACUGUUUAACAGGGGAGCAGCCCCUCCCACCAGGACUCCUUCCUCACACAACCUUUCCUCGUGGUCAGUGUGUGGGCUAUCCCCUCACUGACAACACCAGAUGUUUUCGCAUGUGGAAUGGUUCUUCACGUGCUGUCAGCCAGCAAUAGGAUGCAGAAAGCAGUAAGCCAUAUGUGCAGAUGGGGAGAGGAGGAACCUGCUGCCUUUUUCACCAUGGGAAACAGCACGAAGAGCAUAAGAUUUUGAGAACUUGAGUUUCCCUUAGAUGUGAAUACUGGCAUCAGGAGGAACCUGCUGCUGGGCUUCAGAGAGUACACUGGUUCCUGCAGUUAAGGUUAAGGAAUCCCUGGGUUUGUACCUACGUGUGGCAUUUUGGAGAAAUCAGAAGACUGAACCUUGGAUACAGCUAAAAGAGAUUGUCUAGGCAGUAACUGGGCAGCACUCUCCUCUCUGGUGCAUUUAUUUAUUUAUUUAUUUUUACUAUCUAUGAUUAUAUCCAGCUGUGUACAUGCUUCUAUUAAGUGCCUUUGUGAGCUACGUUCCUGUAGGACUUUGUAACAUCCAUUCGCCUCCUGACCCCUAAAAUUGUUAUUCUGCCCCUGUCUAAAUGAGUGAAAAGAGAUUCCACUGUUCUUUCUGAAAGCUGGGUUUGUAUUGGUUGAAGGCUUUGCUCUUCUCUCUCAAAGUGUUUCUGCUCUGAUUAUGGGUUGUGACAUGCGACAGCAGGUAAAUAUACCAAGAAAGGAGUUUUCAAGCAACACGUAACAGUGAACUCUUGAGGGCAAACCAAGAGUGCUGUCUGUCUGUUAUUACUGUAGCUUUAUGGAAAUUAUUUUCAUCCUCUGUCUGUGGGAGAGUAGGCAAUUCUGCUAGCAGCAUAUUUGGUAGGUAGCAUCUUGGUUGUAUUGUGGUUAACAUAGUGAUCUUGUCUCCUCUCAACCUGGUUGCUGUGGAGCUGCCUGACUGUAGAUCUGUUUUCUCAUGCCAAGAUGCCAAGGAACAAACCAACCCUAAGGUACAUCAGGAGAGGUAGAGGAUGUGUUGGAGGUAUUUGCUUUUGGGAUAGAUGACCUGUACUGGCAGGUUAAUGAACCUGUUAAAAUGUGCUCUGCAAGAGUGCCAUUUUUUCCUCAUCAGCCUGCACUUGUACGUACUUGUAUGGUCUGGACUUGAGCUUCAGCUAAAAUAAAAAGAUUUUGGUGGCAGUGGUUUCUGGAUUUUGUGGGUGGGAUUUUUUUGUUGCUUUUUGUUUUAAACCCUUUAUGUAUGCUUUUGGCCCUGCAGUAAUAGGAGAGGUCUGGCUGAAAUAGUGGGGGACCAUGGCACAAGAAUUACAGGUUGGGCCCAAAGCACAAAAGCAGAGAUAAGAGCUUUGUCCUAGCUGUGGCACUUUCAGAUGCGUGCAGGGUCAUUCCUGCCCCCGAGUGCACGGGUAUGACAGGCAGUUAGAGGAUGUUGGGCAGCUGAUGCGCAUUUGAUGUGCUGUCAUGCAGUAACUUUUGACAAAUGGAUGGAUGGUGCAUGGUGCCAAAAGAAAGCAGGGGCUGUCCCUUGGGAUCUCUGCCAUAUUUUUUGAGAGUGUUCCUCGUGACAUGUCCCAGUUUAAGGUAAAGACUGUGUCCCUCUUUGUACUGUUUGGUUUCCUCAAGUGGCACUUUUUAUAACCAGCAGAUGCUUGAGGAGUAGCUACAUUUGGAAUGUGGCUGUAGAGUUACUGAAUUUGUCUUAUUUCCUCUUGCCCCUUUUCAGUGAGCAGUUCUUUAUAAGGAGGUAAAGGGAUAGCUCUUCUGCUUCCUACCUCUAACGAAGCACUGUAGGAGGUUCUCACCACUUUGACCCUAAUGUGAAUGAAAAGGUACCCAGCUGGACUGUGCAAAGUGUUCCUUUAUGACCUUCUGUUUGGAGCUUGAAGCCUGAUCCUAGUAAUUCAAAUUGAGACAAAGUUGCUUCCACUUGGGUUGUAGGUAAAUGUUUCCAAUAUGUAUUUUCUGAUGCCUGCUGAGAUGAUGUUGAGCUUGGCAACCCUGGAGAUGAGAGUGCUGUGGGUAUAGGAUCUUCUUAGAUCUUAUCCUGCUGGCACUGAGGAAGAUUAAGGCAGAAGGAUCUCCUGGGCUAAAUGAACCCCAGCAGUGGAGACAGCCAAUUUGUCCAUCUCUGUGUACUGCAUGCCCAGGAAUCAAUGCUGUUCCCACGGGCUGAAUGAGCUCUGGAAGCUUUUACAUGUUUGAGAUAAGUGAUUUCUCAGCGUCCUGCUACUCCUGGCUGGAGAAAGCAGAGCAGAUAGCAGGGCACUUCCCUGGCAGUGCUGACCCCGUGGUGCUCACUUGCUCCCACAGGCAGAGAUCGGUUGCAACUUCGCAGCCUGUCUGUCACUGUAGCCUUUCCCCUUGUCUCUCGGUGAGCUCUUAGUGGCUGGGUUUCAUCUGAACUUUUUACACUGAGACUCUCUCUGGGCUGUUCUCCCAGGCAGCAUGGAAUUUGGAGUGCAGAUUAGGGACAAAGGACCUGAGACUAAUCUAACCAUUCUGUACCUUGGUCAAACAUGCUCCAGUAGAGUGGGGGUGAAGUGCUAAAGUAAAUUUCAUUUUUUGCACUGGCUCCAGGGGGAACUGAAACCAUUCAAGCCACUAAAG